CACGAGUGUUACUCAUUCAAAUAAGCACUUGAAGAAAUGAAAAGAAGCGUAAUAGAGAGGACGACAAAUCCAAAAUUAAUUCCUGAAAACCCCCAUAUCUCGGUCUUAUCCUGAAAACCAACCUCAAAUUUUAUCUUCUCUCAUUUCCACUGAAUCUGCCCCGAACUGGUUCUUUGGUACAAAAUGUCUGGUUCUUGCUUCUCUUUUGCUGCUACAGCAUCCAAUUCUUCUACUUCUUCGCUGUAUCUCUUCACUCAAAAGCCUAAAUUCUCAGUAGAACAUCUUUCCUUAAGUACUUAUAAUACUAACUUCAACUUCAAGAUAAACGCAACAAAACUCAAAGCCCAUUUCCCCGUUUCUUCUAUUUAUCGCUCUUCAAUCUUUUUGAGCACUUGUGCUUCUGUCUCUGAUGGAGUUGAGGUUGUCCAAGAAGAUGACGAAGAAGAAGUUGCGUUGUCAGCCGAAGAAGAAGAGGAAAUUGAAGAAAAAGAAGAAGGUGUUGAGUCAGAAUCAGUUGAAGGUGGUAGAUUGUACGUGGGUAAUUUGCCCUUUUCAAUGACCUCUUCUCAAUUGUCUGAAAUCUUUGCUGAAGCUGGCACAGUGGCUAAUGUUGAGAUUGUUUAUGACAGAGUUACAGAUAGGAGUCGUGGAUUUGCAUUUGUUACAAUGGGAAGUGUUGAAGAGGCAAUGGAAGCAAUUCGCUUGUUUGAUGGAUCUCAAGUUGGAGGUCGUUCGGUCAAGGUGAAUUUCCCUGAGGUUCCAAGAGGAGGUGAAAGGGAAGUAAUGAGUGCAAAGAUAAGAAGCACCUAUCAAGGUUUUGUGGAUAGCCCUCACAAAUUAUACGUUGCGAAUCUUAGCUGGGCCCUCACUUCUCAAGGUCUAAGAGACGCUUUUGCUGACCAGCCCGGUUUCAUGAGUGCAAAAGUCAUCUAUGACAGGUCCUCAGGAAGAUCUCGAGGUUUUGGUUUCAUUACAUUUUCUUCUGCUGAAGCAAUGAACUCUGCACUUGAUACCAUGAAUGAAGUGGAACUUGAAGGACGGCCAUUGCGACUAAAUGUGGCUGGGCAGAAAGCUCCCGUAUCUUCUCCACCAGUUGUCGAAACAAGUCCUGAAAAUGAUUCUGAGAACAGUGAAUUACUUUCUAGUCUCAGCUCAUAAGAUCACCAAGACUCAUAACAGAAUCAACCAUUUAGAGUAAUGUAGAGUUUUAUAUGCGGCGAAGACGUGCUUUUUCCAGCUUACAUAACCUUCUUGCAGCCUCGGCUUCUUUUUGCACCAGUUAUUGUCUGCUAUUGGACUGUCACUUGAUGCAGGUAAGCUGUGUUGCUAUAUUGCCUGUACAUUUUCAAAAUGCACAGUUACCAAAUGUAUUUUGAUUGUAAUGUAACUCAUCGCUAGAAUCAAUAGAGAUACUCAUGCAAAAUGCUCAAUGCUCAUAUAUUCAGCUACUUUAUAUUUCCUUAUAUCAUAACUCAUUCUAUAUUUUAAAAUUUUA